CGGCGGUGCCCGGCCCGUGUGUGUGUUUGGGACGAUGCGGCUGAAGGCCGGGCUCCUGUUACGCAGUUUGGUGGUGCUGGGCGGCUUCCUGGGGCUGCUGCUGCUCUGGUCGUCGCUGGCCCCCCGCCCGGACGGAGGACACGGCCCGCUCGGGCCCCAAACGGAAGAAAGAGAUGACAAUAAUCCAGGCCCUAACAAAGCUGGAAAUGGACCAGCUCUGGGGAAUGACAGAUUCAAACCUGUGGUACCUUGGCCUCAUGUGGAGGGAGUAGAAGUGGACUUGGAGUCGAUCCGAAGGAAAAACAAGGCCAAAAAUGAACAAGAGUAUCAAGCUGGGAAUGAGAACCAGCAGAAAAUAAUGCAGAGGCAGUAUCUCACGUUUAAGCCGCAGACCCUGAGCUACCGGGAUCCCAUCCUCCAGCCGGGAAUACUGGGGAACUUCGAGCCCAAAGAACCUGAGCCGCAAGGUGUCAUGGGCGGACCCGGGGAGGAAGCCAAGCCAUACGUUUUGGGGCCAGACUACAAGGUUUCCAUCCAGGCCAGCAUCAAGGAGUUCGGAUUUAACAUGGUGGCGAGCGAUAUGAUCUCCCUCGACCGAAGCAUCAGUGACUUGCGCCAGGAAGAAUGCAAGUAUUGGCAUUAUGAUGAAAACCUCCUCACUUCCAGUGUUGUUAUUGUCUUCCAUAAUGAAGGAUGGUCAACUCUCAUGAGAACCGUUCACAGUGUCAUUAAAAGGACACCAAGGAGAUACUUGGCAGAAAUUGUACUGAUUGAUGAUUUCAGCAACAAAGCACACUUAAAGGACAGGCUGGAUGACUACAUCAAGCAGUGGAACGGUCUGGUGAAAGUCUUUCGAAACGAGAGGAGAGAAGGUUUAAUUCAAGCCCGGAGCAUUGGGGCCCAGAAGGCGAAGCUCGGACAGGUUUUGAUAUACCUUGAUGCCCACUGUGAAGUGGCAGUGAACUGGUAUGCACCGCUCGUAGCUCCCAUAUCUAAGGACAGAACUACAUGUACUGUGCCUCUAAUAGAUUACAUAGAUGGGAAUGACUACUCCAUUGAGCCCCAGCAGGGUGGGGAUGAAGACGGUUUUGCCAGAGGAGCCUGGGACUGGAGUUUACUCUGGAAACGAAUCCCACUAAGCCACAAGGAAAAGGCCAAAAGAACCCAUAAAACCGAGCCUUAUCGGUCCCCUGCCAUGGCCGGCGGGUUAUUUGCCAUCGAACGGGACUUCUUCUUCGAACUGGGUCUCUACGACCCGGGUCUUCAGAUUUGGGGUGGUGAAAACUUCGAGAUUUCGUACAAGAUCUGGCAGUGCGGAGGCAAACUGUUGUUCGUCCCCUGUUCUCGCGUUGGUCACAUCUACCGUCUCCACGGCUGGCAAGGAAACCCACCCCCGGUGUAUGUGGGGUCUUCCCCCACGCUAAAGAAUUACGUCCGCGUCGUGGAGGUUUGGUGGGACGAGUACAAAGACUAUUUCUACGCCAGCCGGCCGGAGACGAAGGCCCUGCCCUACGGGGACAUAUCCGAGCUGAAAAAGUUCCGAGAAGAUCACAACUGCAAGAGUUUCAAGUGGUUCAUGGAAGAAAUAGCCUAUGACAUCACCUCGCACUACCCCCUGCCGCCUAAAAAUGUGGAAUGGGGAGAGAUUCGAGGCGUCGACACCGCCUACUGCAUCGACAGCAUGGGACACACCAACGGCGGCGUGGUGGAGUUGGGACCUUGCCAUCGGAUGGGUGGAAACCAGCUUUUCCGGAUCAAUGAAGCAAACCAACUCAUGCAGUAUGACCAGUGUUUGACAAAAGGCUCUGAUGGCUCAAAAGUCAUGAUUACGCACUGUAAUCUGAAUGAAUACAAGGAAUGGCAAUAUUUUAAGAACCUGCACAGGUUUACCCACAGCCUUACGGGGAAGUGCUUAGACCGCUCCGAGAUCCUGCACCAAGUGUUCCUGUCCGAGUGCGACUCCGGCAAAGCGACGCAGAAGUGGGAAAUGAACAACAUCCUCAGCGUCUAGAUCGGCUCCGGCGAACCCACAGACCUACCUACUGACACGUUACCCGGUACGGGUCGGAAAAUAGCCUGAACCCUGCUGCACUUCGUAUUCCCGGCCGACGGCUCCAAACCUUCCGAACCCGGACCUCCUGGUGGGUUUGAAGGAACGGAGAGAUGAACUGGGACUCAACAAUAGCGUUCUCCUCGGCAGUUGAUGUUUACAAAACUGCUUUUACCUUAAACUCUGUAGAUGUUUACAUCCUCUUUUGUUCGUCGUUUGUGUUCAGAUGAUGGUAACUUGAGGCCCUGUUUAGCUCUGUUUGACUGGAAUGGGGUUAAAAGGUGCACUUGUCUUCUUUGGGAUUACACUCAGGGGUCUGAAGGCAGUUUUGCUUUUUACUCGAAGAAAAGGAAAAAAAAAAGUUGGAGUAACCAGAUUUUUCCUCUGUGACUUGGUGAUUAUCAGCCUGUCGUAUCUUUAUUUAAUUUUUACAUCUUUUUCGGAAGCACUGCCGCAGGUUAUUAGCCGAGGUGGCCUUCUUUCACAGUCUUGCUGCUUUGGGGGGAAAAGUGAAUAUCAACCUCUUUAGUGCCUCUUUCAUUUUUCCGGUUUGUUCUCGAGAGCAUCUGAUGAAGGCGCGGGGUGAUUGUGUGGGAAUUGUCACCUGCUUAGGCGAGGACUUGUAAAGGCGUUGGGUGAAACCUGGACAGUUUACUCCGAUGAAGAGACUAAGGUACAGGAACACCGCUUUCCCUACCCCUCCACCAACCGGGCCACGCGUGGUACCUCAAAAUAUGGUGACUCCAUCCGUGACUGGCCCUGCCGUUGCCUCCUGCCAUCCCGGAGUAGCCACGAUCCUCCUGGAUGCGGUCAAAACUGAAGAGAGGUGGGGCUCGGGACGAAGAAGCGAUAAAGAGCGGGGCAGCUAUCGACAUUUCUCUGAUUUGUAACUUCCCAAACCAGUUUCAGUUUAGCGCUACUGGGACGAGAGUCACCGCUCCUUCUGAACUCCACGGAAAACUUCCGAGUCCGAGUUAGAUCAAGCCUUACGAAACUCCUGUGUGUUAUUAUAAGGUAAAACUGCACAAGUCACGAAGCCGAGAAUGAUCUAACGCUCUUCGUUUCCGCCUUCGUUAGCCAUGGAACUCGCUUGAAGGUGAAUUGAAACUUUUUUAAUGAAAAGUUGCUUAAGGCCACAAAUCGUCAAUAAGUCAGAAUCACGUCGGAUGAGGUUUAGGAUGUCUUUUGAAGGAGUUUUUUCCACACCUGAACUGUUCUGGGGGUUUUUGUUUUGUUUUAUUAUAACCAAUUUCUGUGAAAAGGUCCUUAGUUUCCUUUCCAAUAUUGCAAAUUCAGACCGCUUUGUACUCCAGGAGAAUCUAAUGUUAGAUGGGGGGGGUCCGUUAGACUCUUCAUUUCUGUCGGUCUCUGCAUGGUCUUCGUGGUGAACAGGAAAAUCACAAAUAUGAAACUUUUUCAUUCUGACACAAUAGUAGGGUUACCCUACUCUGUGUGACAUAGGAAGAGAUUUUUAAUAGGUUUAUGUUGAAGGUUUCUUUCCCAGACUUACAGGAGUUUACCUUUUUCAAGAAAAUUUUGUAAAUCCGACUUUCUUCCGAUUAUCUUCCACUUUUGACAUGAAAAACGCAUGGGUCGAUCACGCUCAAAGCAUUCUGAACAGUACGGGCUUAUUUUAUCAUUUUGAAUUCUGUACUUGUAUUUUGCUACUGAUCUGGGAUCUUCAACAUUUUGACUCUUGUGCUCACGUUGUAUGACAUUGAGAAAAGGAUAUAUUUAUAUACUUGUGAAUUUGCAAGCAAGUCAAGGAAGAAACUGGAAGAAGUAGGUACUUUCGUGGCUCAUGUGUAUGAAAACUGACUCUAUCUUCUGUGUUGAAUCGAUUAAUUUAAUCAUGUUACUAUGCAUCAGCGUAAGUGAGGUGGCACAGGCGGUGCAGCUGUUUUAAAUGGGGAAUUUUGUGCAAUUCAUUAAAAGCUGAUCCUCCGUGUGAAUAUGAUUCUGUAUCCUGAGACUGCAAAUCUGGUAAAACACGAAAACAUCAGAAGCUAUUGCCGUAAUGACUCUUUUCUACUGUAGCCUGCUCUGGAAACAAUAAAUCCCAUAUUCUUGCUUUGUAAGUUGAUAAUAUCACUAUGCAUUUCUACACAUUUUAUAAAUUUGAUUUAUGCAGAUUUUGAUACACUGUAAGUUUCUGUAGAAAUUGUAUAAAUAUUCAGAAGUUUUAUUAGAGAUAAAUUUGGGGAGCUUAUGUACAUCUGGGUUGCUUGUUUUUUAGGUGAAAUAAAAUAAUAUUGUAUUUUAA